AAUUAAGGGUCGCUUCCGGACACGGUAGACUCCUCCUCACCACUGUCUGAGAUGCACAUUAUGGAGUUCAAUGAAAAAAAUACGAUUUUAACGGCCUGACAGUUAAUAACACAUAAUUUCGUAUUAAUUUAGUUGGAAAUUAUGACUAUUUUAAAUUCCAUUCAAAAAUGUAUUUGACGGCGAAGAAUAUUUAUGCCAUCAUGUGCAGCGCUGCCCAAAUGAAGACGCUGUUCUGGUUCGAAUUGGUAGCCAGUAAACGCGAUAUUGUAGCUAUUUUACUGAAUUAGCAACAUUCCAUUGAUAUUUGGUUGCUCAUCGUCACUAGCUUAUACAUAACCAUUCCCAGGUAGGCCUACAGUAGGGGAGGCUGUGUUCAUUGCUCUCAGCUGACUAACAUUUUCACAACCCUACGCAGGAAAUUUGUGUGGGGAAUUCUUGCUAUUUUGCAUGACAUCAUCAUGCAAAUACAGCUUCCAGGUUGUAGGUGAAAUGCAGGCGAAGGUAUGCGCCAGGAGGACCUCUCUCAUCACUGAGAAUGGGCAGGCUUGUGGGGCAUCUGCGGACUCCCAGCUCCCAUUUAGGUGCCCUCGGUGUGGGGAGCGUGAGAGGUUCAAUAGUCUGGCCUCCUUGAGAGACCACCUGGAAUACAGCCACAGCUACUACCACACCAUGCACGAGCUGAGCCUCCCGACCCGCAGGGGGCACUCUCACCCAGAGAGAGUCCUGCAUGUGCGCUCCCUGAGUGACACACGAGAGGUCACUAGCUGCAUAGAGAGGUGUCGUACGCAUAGUGUGGGGACGCAGGCAGCGGAUGAGAUACAAACUGAAGAAGAGGCCCGUAAAGAAGAUUUAAAAUUCCACAAGUCCAGCCCUGGGACAGAUCAUAUCCCAUUUCCAUUUGACAACCCUCCAGACCCAGGCAGCAAUCCUGAGGCGGUGUCCCCAGAGUGGAGUGUCUGUGCUGGGGAGGUGUCGGUCAGGCGCAGGCUUGCCAAGGUCCUGCUGGCAGCGGACAGCACCAUGCAGAGGAGGCUGCACAGGGUCAGCACGGAGCUGGCCCAGACGGACACAGAGCUGCUGUGUGAGCGUGCCCACUCCCAGCACCUGGCCCAGGAGAGGCAGGAGGUUCAGGAGCGGGAGAGGGCGCUGAGCCACCAGGUGGACAUGGCCGUGAUGGUGAUUGCCACACUAAAGGAGCAGCUGAACGAGUCAGAGUACGAGCUGGAGAGGAGAGAACAAGAAGUCAUCACCAUUCAGAAUUUUCUGGAGGCUGCAGCCCAUCAUGAGAUAUGUGGUAAAGUUCGGAUCCAACGUUUCAUUGAGAACCUGCUCAAACGCAUCGCCCUGGCUGAGAGGCUACUGGAGUACUAUCAGAGCUCACCCAGUCCACCAACCUACACCGAUUACAUGCACCAGACAGCUGAAAAUGGACCUCAUAGAAUAACCAAAAGCAGGUCAGCAGGUUAUCAGCUGUCACAGUCCUGUCCCCAGGAGGGUAGAACGCACCCCUCCCAGUUAGGACGGGUGUUCCCCAAAGGCCCUAGUGAGAGAGUGGGUAACUCUGGCUACUUCAGACCUGACCGCAGGGAUGAAGCCUGGACCCAGCGCCGCAGAUCAGCUGGAUUUGAGGACUAGGUAACCUGACCAGGGCCCGACAAAUGAAUGUAUAUAUGAUAAGUAUUUACUGAAUGUAUAGAUAAUACUGAGCAGGGGAUGCUUUAUGGCCAUGUGUACGCUAGUUUUUGCUCCAUUCUGUCCUAGAGGUAGCUACUGUCCUAGUUUCAAUUUUGGAAGUACUGUAGUAACUUGAUGGAUAGGUAUUUCUGAUCCUCAUUGGUGUUUUAAUUAGUAUUAAAUCAUAUUAUUGAUAGGUGUAGAUCUAAUAAAAUACAGAAUUGUAUACAAAAAAAACUAGAUGGUGGAAUUGUUAAAUGCCCACUCCAGUAGAAAUCCACUUUUGAGGUGAAAGAUGGCCAGAGCUUACCCAAGAUGUUGCACAACAAGUUAAGUCAAUAAGUCAUCAUAUUAGUCAAAGUACGAUAUAUUUGGGCUUUAAGUGACACAUCCAAACUUCCCACUUCUUGCAAAUCUUUGUGAAUGUGGUAUCUCUUCCUGUGAUAUGACAUAAAAAUUAUUUUCAGCCUA